AAUACGAUUUCCAUUAUGAUCAACGUCUCGAGAUUACAAGGAUUGAAAUGAAGUAAGAAUACAAGUUUCUAAAAGUAAAAAUGCGAAGACAACUUUCUAAAUAUGGAAAGUACAGAAAAUGCGAAGCAUUACACAAUACAUAUGGUUCUUACAGAUAUAACUUUUUUAUUAUUUAUUUUAUUAUUUAGUAUAUAAAAUUCAUUUAUUCAACCCGUGUAAUACACAUGGUUAUAACCUAGUUUACCUAUAAAUUCAAGUAGACUGAUUACGUAGCUAGUUUCUGAUUUGACUAUACGAGUCGGUACAUUUAUACCUCUUAAUGGCGGAUUUAGACCAAAAUUUCAUAGGUAACGUUCAAUUUUAUUUACCGUACUUCAUAUAAUAUAAACGAAAAAAAAUAAAAUCCCAAUAAUAAAAAGCUCGAAAACGGGUGCAAACGAGCUAGAGCCCGAGCUCAGCUUAAGCUUAAAAUAAACGAGCUUGAGCCCAGUGGCGGAUCUAGACAAAAAAAAAUGGCUCGCAAGCUGCUCGAGAAAAAGCUCGAAACGAACCGAGCCUUAUCAAGCCUGAGCCUAGCUUGAGCCUAAAAUAAAGCUCGUUUGUUUAGCAAGCCCGAGCUCGAGUCUGGCACGUGAAGCUCGUCAGGCUUGUCGAGCCUUAUCGAGCUAUAGUGUAAUAUUAGUUUUUAUUAAUAUUUAAUAACAUUUAUCGUUUAUUUAAAGUUGUCUACUAAACGAGCCAAGCCGAGCUUAUUUAAACUUGUUUACAAGCUGAGCCUAAAUCUGAAAAUAAACUUGUUUAGCUGAUAAACGAGCCGAGCUCGCAAGCCUAAAUGACUUUAAUAUUUAUAAUAUUUUUAUUUAACAUAUUAUUUAAUAGAUGAUAAACAAGCCGAGCCCAAGCUACACUCGAGCUUUGAAAACAAAGCUUGAACUUAGCCAAGCUCAAGCUCUCACAAGUUAAUCGAGCUCUAGCGUGGUUGAGCUCAGGCUCGACUCGUUUGCACUCCUAGUAACAAUGGAGGUGCAUGGUCUUGCCUGUUGUAUUAACGUUCACUUCUUUUUCCCCUUCAAAAAUCGAUUAUUACUGGUAUUGGGGCUUUAAUCUAGUAUUUUAAUUGGGCUUUUAACUUAUAAAUUAGGUAGUGAGCUUUUAAUAAAACUUUCACACAAUAAAGGUGUUGGGCUUUUUAAGAUUUGAGGAGUAACAUAAUUUAAUUUGAAGGGUAGCGUAAUACAAAAAAACGUAAAAAAAUAAAAAUAAAAAAAUGCACUAUGUCGAAAAAAGUUGAGGAGUAGCAGAUGCUACCCUCACGAUAUACUACAUCUGCCCCUACAAUGACGGAUCUAAAAAUUUUUUCUUUAAGAUUUUUUUUGUUAGAUUUUCACUAAUUUUUUCUAAAUUAUGCAAAGUUUCCAUUAUUAUUUUCCAAAUUAAGGAUUACCGAAAACCCUCAAAACCCUUAAAUUCGCCUCUCAUGCCACUACAACAUAUAUAAACGUGUGAAAGAUACACUUCACUAUAAACGUUUUUUAUAUGAUUUACUUUUUGCAUGCAAAGUGACCUCUUAUGGAUCCCAAUAGUUCACAAGGACAACAUCCUAGAAGUUCACAAAUUAAUUUAUUAUAUAUUACUUGAGGGUUUUGACCCUUGUUUCCCUCGACUAGAUAAACGUUAGGUACCUUUUCCAUUGUGUUAAAUAAUAUCAUUAUCAUUAAAUAUUAAAGUUAGACACGUAAAGGUUAGUUAAGUCGAGUAGAAACAAAUUAGCACAAACGUGACACAAGCACACAUUCAUAGACCCAAUCAAAUAUUCCGCCACCAAAUUCAUUCUCUUCCUCACACCACCCUUUCUUGACUACUGUAACCUCCUUCACAUGUUUAACCAAUUUUAUAAUCAUAUCUUUUCCUUGACCCUUUGAAACUUCCCUUCUUCAAAUCAUCCCAUCAUAAUCCUAUAAAUUCACUCUUAAAAGUAUAUUCUCCCAACUCAAUCGUCACUUCAACUCUUCUUCCUCAAAGCUGUAUCUGAAACAACUAACAGCCUCCUCUAUUCAUUGUUUGUCUUCCUUAAACCUUCAUCUGAAACGACCACCAUCAAUAACUGGUUUUACUAGCAGUCCCCCUAGGCUGUUCUUGAAUCUUAAUCAUGAUUCUCACAACUCUAGUUGUGUUUGUGAUGUUCAUCAUUGGUUUCUGGCUAAUCCCUAGAGUAUUAUCAAGAACAGCAGUAGGACACUUGUUGCAAAACAAGUGGAAAGACUUAGAAGAAUGUUUUCACCAGCACCAGAUCUACAAAAUCCCUAAAUUCAACCAACAAAUGCAGGAAAAUCAAGUGUAUCGAAAAGUUCUCAUCUAUCUUAACUCAUUACCGUCAGCUGAAGAUUCCGAUCUUGUUAAUCUACUCUCAGGUAAUAACAAACCUAACGAGAUUAACCUAAUAAUCGACUCUGCAAAUCAAAAGUUUUCCGAUACGUACCUCGGUUCGCGAAUCUUCUGGACGUUCGAAACCGAUUGUUUACUGUUGAAAAUCAGACGUAAAGAGAAACGAAGAAUCCUCUCUUCGUAUCUUCAACACAUUCACAACGUCACCGAGCAGAAAACGCAACAAAUCCAGCUGCACAUCAACGCCGUGAGUUCACCGGAAAACCGCCGGUGGAUAACCGUUCCGUUCAGUCAUCCGGCGACGAUCGAUACGUCGGUGAUCGAUUCGGAUCUGAAAAACAAAAUAAAAUCGGAUUUAGAAUCGUUUUUGAAAUCCGAACAGUAUUAUCACCGGCUCGGACGUGUAUGGAAACGGAGUUACUUACUUUAUGGUCCUUCCGGUACCGGAAAAUCGAGCUUCAUCGCCGGAAUGGCGAAGUUUUUACGCUACGAUAUCUACGACGUCGACCUGUCGAAAGUUUCAGACGAUUCAGAUCUGAAAGUGCUUCUGUUGCAAACAACGAGACGAUCGGUGAUCGUUGUUGAAGAUCUGGAUCGGUAUCUUGUGGAGAAAGUUAAAAUAUCCGGAAUUUUGAAUUUUAUGGACGGGCUUGUUUCAUCGUGCGGUGAAGAACGCGUGAUGGUUUUUACGGUUAGUAAUAAAGAACAAGUUGAUCCAACGGUUCUAAGGCCUGGAAGAAUAGAUGUUCACGUGCAGUUUCCGUUAUGUGAUUUUCCCGCCUUCAAAACACUUGCUAGUAGUCAUUUGGGGUUGAAAGAACACAAGCUUUUCCCACAAGUUGAAGAGAUUUUUCAAAGUGGUGCGAGUUUAAGCCCCGCUGAGAUAGGUGAGAUCAUGAUGUUUAACCGUGGGUCACCCACCCGAGCGAUUAAAACCGUCAUUACCGCAUUGAAGUCGAAUACUAACACUGAUGCAAAGCCGGUGACGGUGAGUAAAGAAGAGCCUUUGAGACUGACGCAUAGUGUUUCGGUUGGUGGUGCACUUGGAGUGCCUUCGGGGUUGUUGGGUCAUGGUGGGUUACCGCCAAGGUUGAUGUAUAGUGGUUCGGCUAGGACGGUUGAGGAAUCGCGUGGGACACGAUCGUUUCGUGGGGAUAGUAUUCAAACGGUAAAAGAGUUUAAGAAACUUUACGGGCUAUUGAAGCCGAAACAUAAGAAGGAGUUCGUAGAUGAUGAAAACUCUCGACAUGAGGUUUCGGUAUUUUAGUUUCUUUGUUUUUAUUUGUUCAGUGUAAAGUUCACAUAUCCAUUUAAAUGUACAAUGGUCUCUUUUGUUACCUUUUUAUAGUUUAUGAAAUGAAAUUUUAUUUAUUUA